GUUUCCCUGCUGGUGCAUUUGUUGCUCUGGGCUGCCUGCCUUGUUUGGCAGUUUCUAAUGAGAGCUCUGAUAGAUGCCAGAAGAUGUCCUUGAGCCCUUGAGACGGAUGUGAGCGUGUUUUUCAGUCCUCGUGCAAAACAACCAUCUAAACAUAACAGAUGACAUCAGCUUGGGCUUUUCAAUUCCUGGAUGGCAGCAGUGUGUUAAUCCACCCUUCAUCCUGGAUUUGAUAAACUAAAACAAGAGAGCCUGGCAGAAGGAUAGCGCUGCUGCUGGCUUGAGGAAAUUGAUGACGGAGAGGCAUGCAGGCAACCCAGUAUAUAAAACUCAUCAACGUGUAGGCAGAGGUUCAGCUACCACUUUGGACAGCUGCUUCCCUCCAGCCAAGUCCACACUGCAGGAGGCAGAGCCCGAGCCUGAGCCCGCUGGAAACAUGAAGAACCUCUUGCUGUUGGCCACGCUCCUUGUACCUGUGCACCUGGCGGCGGCCUGGAGCUCCAAGUAUGCGGUCGAUUGCCCUGAACACUGUGACAGCAGUGAGUGCAAAAUCAAUCAGCGCUGUAAGAAGACAGUGUUGGAUGACUGUGGCUGCUGCCGGGUGUGUGCCGCAGAGCAGGGAGAAAUCUGUUACCGCACAGUCUCAGCGAUGGAUGGUGUGAAGUGUGGCCCCGGGCUGAGGUGUCAGCUUUACAAUGAAGAAGAUGCUUUUGGUGACGAGUUUGGUGUCUGCAAAGACUGUCCCUAUGGCACCUUUGGGAUGGACUGCAAAGAGACUUGCAACUGUAAAGCAGGCAUCUGUAACAGGGUGACUGGGAAAUGCAUGAAUUUCCCCUUCUUUCAGUAUUCAGUAGCCACGUCUUCCAACAGGAAAUUUGUAUCUCACACGGAGCAUGAUAUGGCAUCCGGAGAUGGCAGUGCUGUGAGAGAACUUGUGAAGAAUAGCGCUGCCCCCCGGUCUCCUGUAAUGAAAUGGCUACAUCCACGCUGACUUUGGCGGCAUGCCCUGAGAAGGCUGUAUCUGAGAGAUCCUCCAAUAUUUUAGGAACAGUCUAGAUUGUAGCAUAUGGACAUGUAAUUUUUGGAGACAAAAUGUGAUUCGGGGUGGGACCAGGAAAAAAAAAUGCUACCAACAGCCCGUAAAAUGAAACUUAGAUCAUCUUGGCUUGGAAUCAGGUCAACCGAAAAGAAAGUUGGCCACAGUGGAAGCCCAUGGCAAGUCCAUGAUUUUUUGACUCAGACGUAUAUUAAUGCUGGGGUCCAGGAUGAAGGAAGAGUUAGGAGCAAGAAAAGAUGGGGGUUCAGGGAGGGAGCACAUUAUUUAAGUCUUCAUCAGGGUCGUUUCAAUAGAAUUUAAUUUUUUUUCACUUCAGGGACAAAUCAAAGCAAAACAGUCUCUGAAAGAGGUGGGAGUCUGAGUAGUAGACUUGGAUUGGGGGCAGGUUUUGAAGUGCUGCUGCUAAUGUAGUCCCCAAGAUAUCCUUGUCUGAAAGUGGUCCUGGUGCAGGGGUCAAACAAAACUUCCAAAUGUGUUUUAAAAAAAUGCCACCCCAGAGAGGGCUAGGAAGUACUUUCCUACUUGUGUGAGGUAUGAAGGUAAAAAUUAUAUUUUUGUGAACACUUAUGUUAGUACGAGUCGCCCUCCAUACCUAUAUUUAUCACCCUCUUGAGGAAUCAGUAUAAUACUGUUUGUUCCAAAUGACUAAAAUAAAGACAUAACUAUAUAAGGUUUUCAAGAAUCCUUGGUGUGGUAUAUUUGUUAUUAAUGGCAGUAAACAAAUUAUUAUUAAUGGUAAACAAAUUAUUAAUUAAUUAAAUUAUUAAUGGUAAACAAAACCUAAUUAAGCUUAGUCACUAUUGAUUUAUCAGAUGCUAAGAAUAAGCAACAUGGGGAGAUUAUUUAAAAUAAGUGCAAUUGGGCAGUGGUAGAUAGCAUAAUGGUUAUGCAGAGAAACUCUCAUGCCUGUGGCUCCAAAGACUCAGGUUCAGUCCUCCACACCACCAUAAGUCAGAGCUGAACAGUGAUCUGGUAAAAUAAACAAAUAAAUAAAUAAGUGCAAUGACUUAGACAAGUUCAAAGGUGAAAGUAGCAAAAUGAAGAGAAAAGUCAGGUUUCAGCAAGAAGCAUCAACUUUAUAGUUUGUUUGCAUAUAUACAUAAAGUUUUUUUUUGGUAUCUUGGUUGAUAAGUGGGAUGCGGAGCACAGCUGAGAAGAUCUUAGCACAAACAACUGGAGCACUAAGUUUUGCUAGAAAUAUUUGCAGAAGUCUUGUUUGGAGUGAAGGAUUAUUUAAGAUAAUUUUUUUCCCUUUUUUUUAGAAUUUACUUAUAUUUCACUUUUAAAGUUGCCAAUAGAGGUGUGUGUGUGUGUGUGUGUGUGUGUGUGUGUGUGUGUGUUGUAAGCUGAAUAUGCUGUUAGGACUGGUUUUACAAUGACACAUUAUUUUUAUUGUUCAAUAAAAGAAGCAAGACACA